CCGUCUUUCGUCAUGAUGUCUGCCUGCAGUCCUCCCCUGAGCUCAGCUACAACUAGAUUUGUCAUACUUCAGUUACGGUUGUUGUAGGUUGUAGCCGGUGUCAACAACACUGUGUCGUUGCUGGUUAUGCUCUAGAUAUAUCAAUGGCAGCAAACUCAGGUCCGCUACCUUCGGGACCUGGCAUUCCAACAGUGCCAUUACCUCCUCCUGACACUUUAGAAACCAAAAAUGUAGUAAAAAAUAGAGAACUUCUUUAUCGCCUCAUGGUCAGCCAGCUCUUUUAUGACGGCAACCAAAAGCAGGCUCUUGAAGUGCAAUCUGUCACCAAUCCUGAUCCGCCAUGUCCACCCAGCGAUCGUCUUUUCAAUUUGAUGAUGUUAGGUUUGGAAUACGAAAUGCAAAGGAAACGAAAAAAGGAAGGCUUAACUGCCUCCAUUAGCCCUGAUAGUUUCCUUGGACCAGGCCUCGAUUUGGAGUUUGAGACAGAGAUGCAUACCAAUGCAGCAGAACCAGCUAUGUACGAAACAGCUUACGUUACUUCACAUAAAGGUCCUUGUCGAGCAGGUGCAUUUAGUCCAGACGCGCAGAUGGUUGCAACUGGAAGUCAAGAUGCAUCUAUCAAGAUCCUUGAUGUAAGCAGAAUGUUGGCUAAAUCUGCGCCUGAGGCUGGUAUGGAAUCCUCUGGACCAGAAUCUCAGGGACAUCCUGUUAUAAGAACUCUCUAUGAUCAUGUAGAGGAGGUUACUUGCCUUGAGUUUCACCCUCGUGAACCUAUUCUUGCAUCUGGUUCUAGAGAUUAUACUGUAAAGCUUUUUGACUACAGCAAAACCUCUGUAAAGAAAGCAUUCCGCACUAUUACUGAUGCAGAUCAGGUGAAAUGUCUAUCUUUCCAUCCAGGGGGUGAUUUCAUUGUUGUUGGCACAAACCAUAGCGUGAUAAGGUUAUAUGAUGUGCAAACUGCUCAAGCUUUUGUUUGUAACAUCCCGAGUCAUCAACAUACAUCAGGAAUCACUACCAUAAAAUAUUCCCCUGACGCAAAAGUUUUUGCAUCUGGUAGCCGUGAUGGAAGCAUCAAGAUUUGGGAUGGUGUUUCUAAUAGAUGUGUCAAUACUUUUAUUAAAGCUCAUGGUGGAGCAGAGGUGUGUUCUGUCACAUUUACUCGCAAUGGCAAGUACCUACUCUCAACUGGAAAAGAUUCCUUAGUCAAAUUGUGGGAGUUAAAUACUAGCCGGUGUUUGAUUGCCUAUACUGGAGCCGGGACCACAGGCAAGCAAGAACACAAAACUCAGGCUGUCUUUAACCAUACAGAGGAUUUUGUCAUGUUCCCUGAUGAAGCAACUACUUCACUAUGUGCCUGGAAUUCCAGAAAUGCGUCCCGCAAGCACCUCUUAUCUCUAGGUCAUAACGGCCCUGUAAGACAUAUUUCACAUUCUCCUACAACUGCGGCAUUCCUCACUUGCUCUGAUGAUUUUCGAGCAAGGUUCUGGUCCCGGAGAGCACCAAAUCAUUGAGAAGUUUUCCCCACUUAAUACCUCACUGUAGCUUUCCAACCUUACUUCAAGCCAGCUUUCUUUUGCAUUUGUACCAAACCGUGAAUUUUAAAUUAAGUGCGAUGUAUUUGAUUUAAAAGAGAUGUUGUUUUAAUCAUACUGCAGAAUGCUCCCUUGGCAUCCAACUCUGUUUGAGCUGUAUUGUGUUUUGGAUUUUCACUGUUGGACUAGGCUUUAGAUUCAACUCUGACUAAAGGACUUCCCUCUGGUUGCAUGCACCUUUUAUGAUUUCUUUUUGGUAUGUUGAGUUACCUUAUUUUGUGGUAGAUUGGUUUUAUGCAUGACUGUCCUCAUCCAGUUCAGAAUAAAUGAUUCCACUCAAUUAA